ACUAUUGACUUCUAGAGAUAUUAAAGGACAAAUCCGGUGUAAAAUGGAUCUGGGAUAUGUUUAAUAUGAUAACGAGUUGGAAUGUUCGUUUUGGAGCAAAAAAGCGCGUAUAGACGCAUUCUUAAGUUGGCUGUUUUUAGCCGACUCUACCAAAACGCUAUAAACUUGGAACGAUGGGGGCAAUUGUUAUGGUAAAAACUAAAUCGCUAUUUUAAACCACUUAAAAGGCUAGAAGUAGCCCAACACUUCUUUGGUAGUAUUACAAGGGUCUUAACAUAUACAACGAGGCAUUGAUAACUUUGUAGAUUGUUUAUUAGAAAGGAUAUUUUAUACACACAAUACCAUCAGAAGUUCACCCGUCGACGCCAUCGUGUUUUUAAGACUCGAUAAGUAGAUUGCCGAACACAGAGCUUGCAUGUUGCUGACGGAUGUCACAAUCUCUGUGUUCGUCAAUCUACCUAUCGAGUCUUAUAAACAAGAUGACGUCGACGGGUGAUCUACUGAUGGCCUAAAGCCCCUGAUGGAGCAAAAGGCGGUUGGACAUUCCCCUUUUCAUUCACCAACCAAAAGUGAGGCUUCCUCUGUGACAAGUCCAGCAGAGCAGGAGACCCCCGAUAUCAUUUUAAUCAAGAUUGAAGAGGAUAUCAGUGGAUGCAGGACAGCAGCCUUUGGAGACCGCAGCACCCAGAGCGGAGUCACCGUGGAGAGUCUCCAUGUGGACGCCGCUGGCUCCUCCCAUGUGUUCAGUCAAAACGCGGAGCUGCGGAUCCUGAGUGUCCACGGGCAAGGGGGGGGGCAACUGGUGUUGGAAGGCCAUGACACCCUCUUCACAUCUUCCGAAGUCGAGGCCCUGAACUCGCUGUCUGCGGACUGCAACGUGGCUAAGAGCCUGGACUGUGGCGAGCGGAUGGAUUGCCGCAAAGAGCUGGCUGUGCAGCAGGAGAACCCUGACACCAUUUUGAUCAAGGAGGAAGAGGAUAUUGGUGUAUGCAUGCCCCCUGUAGAAGACUGCAAUGACAUCAGAUACUGCAGCACACAACGCAGCGCCACCUCGGAUAGUCUGCAUCCGGACGCCCCUGGCUCCUCCCACAUGUCCGGUCACAACGGGGAGCUGCGGAUCCUGAGUGUCUGUGGACAAGGGGUGGGCCGGCUGGGGCUGGACGGCCAUGACACCCUCUUCACCGCAUCCGAAGUGGAAGCCCUAAGCUUGCUGUCCGUGGACCACAGUGUGGCCAAGAGCCUGGACUGCGGCGAGCGGCUCGUCCACUGUGAGGAGCAAACUGGGCCUCGGGGCGGCCGCAAGGGCCGGCCCUGUGUCUUCUGUGGCAAGGUUUUUCCCAACGCUUCCAAGAUGACCAUCCACAUGCGUAUACACACCAGCGAGAAGCCCUACAGGUGUGACCAAUGCAUGAAGCGCUUCACUCAGAGGUGCCACCUAAAGAUCCACAUGAGUAUUCACUCCAGGGAGAAGCCCUACAAAUGUGACCAAUGCAUGAAGGGCUUCAGACGGAGAUAUGAUCUAAAGAUCCACAUGAGGAUUCACACCAGGGAGAUGCCCUAAAGGUGUGACCAAUGCA